AAGGUCAGCGUUGGUUUUCGACAUGGUGGCUCUCAAUGUGCUGGUGUCCGGCUGCGGACGGCUGCUCAGAGGGCUCCUGGCAGGCCAGGCCGCGACCAGCCGGGCCCGGCCUCCAGCUCGCGGGUUCAGGGAAGUGGUGGAGAUCCAAGCAGGGAAGACAACUAUAAUUGAAGGCCGAAUCACAGGGACUCCCAAAGAAAGUCCAAAUCCCCCCAACCCCUCCGGCCAGUGCCCAAUCUGCCGCUGGAACCUGAAACACAAGUAUAACUACGAGGAUGUUCUGCUGCUCAGUCAGUUCAUCCGGCCACACGGGGGCAUGCUGCCCCGAACGGUCACAGGCCUGUGCCAGGAAGAGCACCGCAAGAUUGAGGAGUGUGUGAAGAUGGCCCACCGAUCAGGUCUGCUCCCAAAUCACAGGCCUAAGCUUCCCGAAGGAUGUGUUCCAAAGAGCAAACCCCGACUGAACAGGUACCUCACCCGCUGGUCUCCCCGCUCCGUCAAGCCCAUCUACAACAAAGGCCACCGCUGGAACAAGAUCCCUCCAGUUCUCAGAACACCAAGCGUGGGGAGGGAAGGAAGCAGGGGUGCUGAGUCAGUGCCUUGGGUCUGGCCCCCGAAUGCCCAGAGCCUGGCACCUGUCCUGGGAUGCAGCAUCCAAGCAAGAACAUCUUCCAAGGACAUGCCCGUCUCUACUGGUGGACCCCAGGAAGGAAAUGGGGUCUCUGUGACUCCACCAACUGCUGGCUGUAUGCCUGGGCCAGGUGGGACCUGAAGCACAAUAAGGCCUCCGGAGACCUCCCUGGUGGCACGGUGGUUAAGAAUCCACCUACCAAUGCAGGGGACAAGGGUUCGAUCCCUGGUCCGGGAAGAUCCCACAUGCCGUGGAGCAGCUAAACUCGUGCGCCACAACUGCUGAGCCUGCGCUCUAGAGCCCACGAGCCACAACUACUGAGCCCACGUGCCACAACUACUGAAGCCCGCGCACCUAGAGCCUGUGCUCCGCAGCAAGAGAAGCCACCGCAAUGAGAAGCCCACGCACCGCAACAGAGAGUAGCCCCCGCUCGCUGCAACUAGAGAAAGACCACACGCAGCAAUGAAGACCCAACACAGCCAAAUAAAUAUUUUUUUUUAAAAAGGCC